AUGGCGACGAUCAAAGUGAGCAACUUGAACGGACCUCUGAAUGCCAUUGCGGCUUCUAAGACCCACAAAUUAGCUGUCACUAGGGACUAUAUUACACAGCCAAGACUGACCUACUCAACUGUGUCUGGUGUCAAUGGCCCGCUUGUCAUAAUGGACCAUGUCAAGUUCCCCAAGUAUGCAGAGAUCGUCAACCUUCGACUGGCAGAUGGCACUACCAGAAGUGGGCAGGUUCUGGAGGUGGCGGGCUCAAAGGCUGUUAUACAGGUGUUCGAGGGAACAUCAGGCAUUGAUGCCAAGCAUACAAGAUGUGAAUUUACAGGGGACAUUUUGCGUAUGCCGGUCUCUGAAGACAUGUCAGGUCGCAUCUUCAACGGUUCUGGGAAACCAAUUGAUAAUGGUCCUAAUGUUCUGGCUGAAGAUUACCUAGAUAUCCAAGGUCAACCAAUCAAUCCGUGGUCACGUAUCUACCCAGAGGAAAUGAUUGAGACCGGUAUCUCGGCCAUCGACACCAUGAACAGCAUCGCUCGUGGGCAGAAGAUUCCCAUCUUCUCUGCCGCUGGUCUGCCACACAAUGAGGUAUGUGAACAUUUGUUGGGAAAAAGUGUCCAGGAUGACCACAAGGACAACUUUGCCAUUGUCUUCGCAGCUAUGGGGGUCAACAUGGAGGCAGCCAGAUUUUUCAAACAAGACUUUGAAGAAAAUGGAUCCAUGGAAAAUGUGUCUUUGUUCUUGAAUUUGGCCAAUGAUCCCACUAUUGAGCGCAUCAUCACUCCUCGUAUUGCUCUGACCACGGCUGAGUACUUGGCCUACCAGUGCGAGAAACAUAUUCUUGUCAUCCUAACGGACAUGAGUUCCUACGCUGAAGCCUUGAGAGAGGUGUCUGCUGCCAGAGAAGAAGUGCCAGGUCGUCGUGGUUUUCCAGGUUACAUGUAUACAGAUUUGGCCACAAUUUAUGAACGUGCUGGCCGUGUUGAAGGCAGAACUGGCUCCAUCACACAGAUCCCUAUCCUGACCAUGCCUAACGACGACAUUACUCACCCGAUCCCUGAUCUGACUGGUUACAUUACUGAAGGUCAGAUGUAUGUGGACAGACAGUUGCACAACAGACAGAUCUACCCACCAAUCAAUGUGCUGCCAUCUUUGUCUCGUUUGAUGAAAUCUGCCAUUGGUGAGGGUAUGACUAGGGAGGAUCAUUCAGACGUUUCCAAUCAGUUGUAUGCCUGCUAUGCGAUCGGAAAGGAUGUCCAGGCUAUGAAAGCCGUGGUCGGUGAGGAAGCUCUCACUCCUGAGGACUUGCUUUAUCUCGAGUUCCUGAUCAAGUUUGAGAAGAAUUUCAUUACUCAAGGUCAUUAUGAGAAGCGUACUAUCUUUGAAUCUUUGGAUAUUGGCUGGCAGCUGCUGCGUAUCUUCCCUAAAGAGAUGUUGAAGCGAAUUCCACAGUCAACCUUGGCCAAGUACUACCAGAGAGCAUCUACGCAGGCGGAAACAUCAGGCAGGAAAGGUCCAGAGACAACAACACUUUAA